AAAAACCGUACAAUCAUGGCAAAGAAUCCUAACUGGCAACCGAGGACGUGGCGUGUUGUACCGCUAGGUCCUCCAGGCCACUUCGCUUCUCAGUCCUCAUACUUCGCCAGUCAUCAUCAGUUCUCUACGAGACACGGCACGAUGAAGGUUGUUAUUGUGCUCCUCGCAACUGUCGCCGCAGUAUCGGCAGUCAAGAUCAGCAAUUGCGGCGGCACAGCUACAGUUGACUUCAACAACAUAGAGAUGACAGGAUGUUUUAAGAAUAAGAGAAAGUGCAUUUUCCCAAAAGGACAUGAUGCAUCGAUGUCGUUGCCUUUCACACCACACCAUGAGGUAACAGCAGUAAAGGCAAAGGUAACUGCCUUAAUCGGCCCCAUCCCGAUCCCCUUCAACCUGCCCAACAGCGAUGGCUGCAGAAACUCCUCCUUGCAGUGCCCGAUGCCCGCUGGCCAGCAAGGCGUGUACACUGCCUCGCUUCCGAUCAGAACGGAAUAUCCUUCCAUCAGCUUGCAGGUCAUGUGGGAGUUGAGAGACCAGAACAACAACAAGUUGGUUUGCAUCAAGUUCCCAGUUCAGGUGAAGAACUGAAGCGAUGAUUAUGAGAUAAAUGUUAGAACAUAUUCACAAAAUUAUCAAGGAUGAAUAAGCUGUGAACUUUUAUCAAUCAUCUUUCAUACAGUAUUAGGUUGUUUUUGUUUUAGUAUGUUCAAAUGUGAAUGGUGUGGAUUUUAUUUAACUACAAUUUAGCAUAUGAAAUUGGUAAAUGAAGUUAAUCGCCAUGCAAAUUAGGAAGGAUCCUUGCCGAGUUUUAGAUUUGCAUCAGAUAUUCACAUUUGUCCAUUAUUAGGAAAACCUGAGGAAUCACACAUUUUAAAUUCAGCUUCUAGGAAUAUUUAUGGUAUUCACCUUUAUAUUGUGCACUUCCAAAUGCAUGUGUAUCUGUCUUCAAACUGAUGUACUGAUAGAAGCUUAGCAUAAAUACUUUCUAUACAUUUUUAUUAUAUAUAUUUCUAAAGAAUAAUUUUUUUUAUACCGUUAGUGUACUAUGUAUAUUGGACUAAUAUCUGUAUUCCUUAGUAUGUAAGGUUAUCAUCAUAUUAGAGAUUACUCAUUUGUGAAACCAAAAGAUAAAGAUUAAAAUG